UCCCUCGUCACGGACGAAUCACGAUUCACGAUGCACCCCAGUCUGGCUUUGUCGAACCUCAACAAGCUGCCCUUUCGCCAUAAGAAACUUGCCACUGAGGCGGUGGAAGGGAAUCUGCAAAAGCUUGACGCUCUCCUCGAGGCACUGAAGACGCUUCCGCAAAAGCAGCAUGCCUUCGUGACGCCCGUUCUUUACGCACUCCUCGAACCGGAUUCGGCCAUCAUUCAAGAGCUUCUUGAGCAGGGUGUCGCUGGCGCCGAAAGACUCGCUCGCCGUCUCACGCAGCUCCAGACAACGUUCAGUCUGGCGCCCACCGUGCUCCUGAGCUCUCCGAUACCGGAAGACGCCGCGACGGCCGUUUGGGAGCGCAUUUGGUUCUGGGCCCAGUUUCUGGACCAGCUCUACGAGCAGCUGCCCCUUAUGCCGCGGGAGGAAGUCUACAUCUCCUUCAUACUCGCAUCGCUCCCUUUGACGUCGCACGUGGAUAAAUCCCGUGCCGCAUUCCCGCUGCAGACGCCUGGGGUGCGCGCCAUGCUGGCCAGAGCCUGGGUAACGCUGUUUCGCGACAAAUCCCUGCGUUCACUGCAAAUGAUUUCCUUUGGGUUGAACUAUUUGACCCAGGAUGCCUAUGAAGACGACGAAGAAACCUGUUUGUGGGAGCUCAGCGACCAGCUUGGCGGGCUUGAUGCUCUCGCAGACCUCAUCAUCGAACAUCUUGCGCAUCUUUUCCCAGCCCCAGCUCCUGCGACACCGCAGACAGUGAAGCUCGCAGACGGCCUGGUCUACUUUCUGCACAGGAUCUGGCACAGUACAAGCUUCAUCUCUAUGCUUCCGGAUGCGGGCAUCUGUUCGCUUUUGGUUACUGUCUGCCGUGCUCUCAGUGCAGACCAGUCGUCGCUUGCCCAAAACCUGUACGAACUCGUGCAUGAGCUUUUGAUUGACGGUCUGUGCUCUCAUGCAUUCACCGAGAAGGGUGCGCGUAGCAUUGCGGACUCCCUUUCUGCUGGGCUCCUAUCUCUUCUUACUCCCCCUACACCCUAUAAGACUCGGAAAGAACUACUCCUCGUUUUUGAUCGCGUUCUUCCAGGGAAAACUGUUUUUCCUUCCGUUCUUGUGUCCCUAUCUCCCGUCCUGCCGACUCUUGAGCCCCCUUCCGACAUUAUCAUCGGCGGCGCCUUUCUCAAAGUAUGGAAUCAUUUCGUCGAAUUGGUGGAGCGGCGCUCGGCCUUUUUCGUUCAUUCUUGUCGCAACACAAUCGCCCCGCUGCGAGCGUGUCAUAAUCUCAAGUGCAAUCAAAUACGCAAAAAGACUGAAUUCAAGCAGUGCACCGGCUGUUUAGUCGCAUAUUACUGCUCAAAAGCAUGCCAGAGAGAAGACUAUCGCACCGGAGCACAUCGCCACGAAUGUCCCAAACUAAACGAAGCAAGAAAAGGUGAACGGCUCUCCUUGAAGAAAGAAGACGACAAGUUCUUCCGUGCAUUGCUAGCCGCCGAAUACGCGCGCAGGAAGGUUGAAAUCGGCGUCAAGAUCGUGAAAUUCUGGACUGAGAACCCUGACGAGGUGCCCUGUCUCGAGUUUGAUUUCUCAGCCGGCGCUGUUACGGUCAACGUUUAUUCUGCCCCCUACAUGAAUUCCGUGACUCACAUGGGGGAAAUCAAACGUGGAUAUAGGUGGCCUCCCGAUGGCUUCUCAGAGGCGGUAGCGAGAUCGGCAGCGUCCCAAGGGCGGGUCUGGGUCCAUCUUUUCGCCGUGGAGGUGGGAGACGGUGGGGCAUCGAACGUGCGGCUGUUGCUGAAGCCGCUGCAUACCGAGAAUGCUGCCCUGUGGAAUGGUCUGAAGAUUAUCGCAGCACGUUGGCGAUGCGAUAACAGCAUCAAUAUUGCCGACGAGCCGCAACGCGAAGACGUCGAGCGGCUAGUCAAAGUGUGUGAGGGCAUCGCAGAGACCCAUUCAUGA